UAAUAUGUAAAUUAGCUGCAAUUUCACAAAUCGUUAAAAUUUCAAUCGAAAUAUUAAAAGAACUUCAAGAACAGGAUCAACUUCAAUAUGAUAAUACAAAUUUUAUUUUUAUUCGUAAUGCAGCACAAAUAAUCGAGACUAAAUAUUCAUCUAUCAAUAACACAUUGGAAAUUGAAGCAUCUAGUUGUCGUCUUGCAGGCAUUCUUUUUUGCAAUGUUUUACGUAAAAUGUUCUUUGCUCUGUACAAUGUUGAACCAGUAUUAGAAAGUGAAAAAACACCAAUAAUCGAAUCAAUGUCUCUUCAUUCAACAACAAAGCAAAUUCGUAAAAUUAUCUUAAAUAUGCCACAGUUGUUUUUUAAAAAACGAGAUUUAACAGGCCCAAUGGGUUUAUUGCGACAUCAUGCAACAGAUAUGGUUAACAUUGUAAUCGAUGAAUUAAUCGAAUAUCAAUUAAUAAGACAAGGACGUUCAAUAUCCAACGAAACAAAUGCUGAACAAAAUAUAAGUAAUGCUUCAUCAAAUCAUUCAAGAUUGACUACUGAAAAUGCAAAUACUAUCAAUAUAAGCAACCAAAUUCAAGAUAAGAUAAUCUUGGGUUCUAUAAGUAGAAUCUUUUCAAAUAACAAUAUACCUAACUCACAAAGCUUAAAUAAUUUUUCUUCAACAAAUAAUUAUGGUUUUCCAAUAUCACCAAUCACUAGUAUUUUAUCAGCGUGUCACGUAACGACAGCACCAAUAUAUCAACUUCCAUCGACUACAAAAAAUUAUCAACCAGCUAUAGCACAAAUAUUCAACGAAGCUAUUGCUUCUACAACCACAAAAACAACGAACUCUGUUUCUAAAAAUGUUAAUAUUUUAGACAACAAUCCCAUUUCUCAUAACUUAAACGGUAAAUCCUAUUCUGCACGUCAAAAACGUUUCUCGGAUUUGAAAAUAAUUUAA